AUGGAAAACCACACAACAGUAACAGUGUUUAUCUUAGUGGGAUUGACAGAGGACCCCAAAUGGAAGAUUGUGCUAUUUAUCUUCCUUCUGAUCACCUAUCUGCUCAGUGUCACGGGUAAUUUAAUUAUCAUAACUCUCACAUUGUUGGAUUCUCAGCUCAAGACGCCUAUGUAUUUCUUUCUUCGAAAUUUUUCCUUCUUAGAAAUUUCUUACACAACUACCUGCAUCCCCAAACUGCUUGCUACCAUGGCCACCGGUGACAGAACAAUCACCUAUAACUGUUGUUUAGCUCAGUUAUUUUUUGCCUUCCUCCUGGGUGCGUCUGAAUUUUUCCUCCUGUCUGCUAUGUCCUAUGACCGAUACGUUGCCAUCUGCAAGCCUCUGCACUAUACAACCAUCAUGAAUAGCAAAGUCUGUAUCCGGUUGGUGCUAAGCUCUUGGACUGCUGGUUUCCUCAUAAUUUUUCCAGGGCUCAUUAUAGGUUUAGGAUUGGAUUUCUGCGAUUCCAAUAUCAUUGAUCACUUCUACUGUGAUGUUGCUCCUCUCCUACAACUCUCCUGCACAGAUACUAGUUUUUUAGAGAUGAUGAGUUUCAUCUUGGCUUUGGUAACUCUCCUGAUUACUUUGGUGUUGGUCAGUGUGUCAUACACGUAUAUUGCUCUGACCAUUUUAAAAUUUCCUUCUGUCAGUCAGAGAAAAAAGGCAUUUUCUACGUGUUCUUCUCACAUGAUUGUCCUUUCUAUCUCCUAUGGAAGUUGUAUCUUCAUGUACAUUAAAACCUCAGCCAAAGAUAGAAUAACCUUAAUGAAGGGAGUGUCAGUACUCAAUACCUCAGUUGCUCCACUUUUGAAUCCUUUUAUUUACACUCUAAGGAAUCAACAGGUGAAGCAAGCGUUUAAGAAUGUACUGCAAAGAUUUCUGUCUUUAUCAAAAUAG